UGCUUUCGCCGGCGUCUUUCGCGAUAUGGGGAAGAGGUUCUUCUUCGCCAGCACCACCUGAGGAUUCCCUGGAGCCGUCCCCCCCGCGAUGGAAGAGGAUCAGGAGCUGGAGAGGAAAGCCAUAGAAGAAUUGCUGAAGGAGGCAAAGCGUGGGAAAACUAGAGCAGAAACAAUGGGACCAAUGGGCUGGAUGAAGUGUCCUCUUGCUGGUACAAAUAAGAGAUUCCUGAUUAACACGAUUAAGAACACAUUGCCCUCCCAUAAAGAGCAAGACCAUGAACAGAAAGAGGGCAGCAAGGAACCCGGCCACAGCCAAGACCAGAAAGAGACCAGCUCCAAGAAGCACAGAAGCCGCUCCUCCAAGCGCGGCCUGCACUCAGCCCGGGGCUCCGUGGGCCACUCGCCCCCGAGGAAGCGCUCCUCCCGGGACAAGCGUGACUCGCGAGCCGGCAGGCGAUGAGUGGAGCCCCAGGGCAGCCCAGUACUGUGCCUGCCACAGGGUCAGUGCGGACAGGGCGGUGGCAGGGCUCUGACACCCGAGAAUGACUCUCCAGUGGGUCCUUCGCUUUGAGGUGGCUGUUGUUGUGUUGUUGUUGUUGUUGUUAACAGGAAAAAACAAAAACAAAAACCUUUACAAAACAAACCUUACCUCCCUUGUCCUGAAGGUGUCGUGGCAAGAGUCAGCGGAUGUAGUGUUGCCAUGCACAUCCAUGUUGUUUUUAUCCAUCUUGUUUGCAAGUUAGCUUCGGAACAAGCAGUUCUAGAAAUUAAAGUUUUCAGGUUGUUGAAAACCAGUCCCAGUUCUUUGAUGUGCUGCACUUUCGUGGUCAUUUCCCAGAUGUGCUGCACUUUUGUGGCCCUUUCCCAGAUGUGCUGCACUUUCGUGGUCAUUUCCCAGAUGUGCUGCACUUUUGUGGUCAUUUCCCAGAUGUGCUGCACUUUCGUGGUCAUUUCCUGGAUGUGCUGCACUUUCGUGGUCAUUUCCCAGAUGUGCUGCAAUAAUGUGGCCAUUUCCCAGAUGUGCUGCACUUUUGUGGUCACUUCCCAGAAUUUCUCAAAACAAAAUAAAAUACUUAGAAACGCUC